AUGACAUGGAGCCCAUUCAUCGUCCUCCUCUCCUCGCUCCUAUACAUAACCGUGGUCGACGCCGCCUUUGUCGAAUUUCACAAUUGUCUGGCCAAGAGCAUUGUAAACUCACAGCCUCGCCUCCUGCAGUUCGAUCCUCUCAAUGUAACGGCUGUCUUCAACACAAGUUCAAGCCAACACAACCUCAAUGUGACAGUGUAUGGGAAUGUCACCGGAAAGGCCACCGAUCAGCCUUAUCCCUCCCCGGACGAUCCGUCAUGGAGCAACCCGAACGAUACCUUUGGCAAGAUUCCAGACGUCAGCGAGUCCAACAACAAGUAUACGACACUCUUUACUCGCGUCAAUCUUCUCAGCUAUACCCCAUGGGACGCUGAACCAAAAAGGUUUUGCACAAGCGUCCUGAAAGAUGACUGUCCUCUCGCUCCAGCCUUCUACGCCAACUCUACUGAUCUCGACCUACUACCUGCGUUCUCUGUUGCACAUGACAUGGGAUCGAGCUACGCUUUCACCUCGCUAGAAGCGACGUUACGGAUUCAAUCAGGUGAUGCUAGCGGGCAGUACUACAGCUGCGUGACUGCCACGGUCACUCCGGAUCUAGGAGGAUACCUCAAUGACUUACUGAGGUACCUACCUCUAGCAGUCUUGAUUGUCGUUGGUAUUGCAACGAUUGCCGCUUCCGUCUUCAGUCCAUGGGGAUCCGCUGAUAUAUUCAACUGGAGCAGUAAUUUUGGGCGCGAUGAAGAUUUGCUUCGCCUCGUCACUCCGGGUUUCGGGGACUGCUUACAGUAUAUCCAGUUUGUGGUUUUGACAGCAAGUUUGAGCCUCAAUUAUCCGGGCUUCUAUCAGCCCGCUAUUAGUCGAAUCGGUUGGUCAUCACUGAUGUUCAACGAGAGCUUUGUCUCUGGGGGAAAUGGUACGCAACCUGUGGUCGACGGCAUCUACCAGUAUAGGCCAGGCAUGAAAUAUGGUCUGGACCGCAUGAGUCAACUAGUUGGCAUGACUUCAGACCGGGAUAUAUGGGCGGCUAUGAUUGUCUGGCUUGUCGCAAUCGUUGCAGGUGCCACAAUCUUGACACAACUCGGCUUCGCUGCACGUUGGGUCUAUCGACAAAUUGCAAAGGAAGAUGCCGAAGAUCUCCGCUCCAAGAACGGACCUUUCACCGUCGGAAAUGUCGUGCGAAUCGCCCUCAACUACUUCAUCUUGCCCUGGAUCGCGCUUUCCUUCUAUCAGCUCCUGAUCGCUGCUAAAGGACCCGCAUAUUCCGUUGCACUUGCUGCUGUCUCUUUGGUCGUGGUAAUCCUCUUCUCGGUGCGGCUUUUGCUGCUCUUCACUCGAACAAGACCGCGCUCUUUUCUGUUCGACGAUCUCCUGACGGUUCUUGCCUAUGGUCCGUUGUAUAACACGUACUGUGAUGACGCUGCCACCUUCGCUAUGAUCCCACUCAUGAUCAACUUACUAAGGGGUAUUGCUAUUGGAGCUGUGCAGCCUUCUGGCGUGGCUCAGGUUGUGCUUCUCGCUAUCUCGGAGAUAAUCCUCAUCCUGACGAUCAACCUUUUCCGACCAUUUCCGUCUGCGACUUCAAUGAACAUAUAUCACACCUGCUUCUCAGCCAUCCGGCUCAUCACCAUAUUACUGUCCAUUGCAUUCGUGCCAUCUCUUGGUGUCGAGGCUUCAACACGAGGUUGGAUGGGCUACGCUAUCUUAGUCAUUCAUGCUUGCACUCUCGUGUUUGGCUUCUUUCUCAACGCGGUUCAGACCUUGAUUGAGGUCAUUGCUAGGCUCGCAGGGGCCGGUGGACGUGAUCAAGACACUGGUGGCGCCACCAGGGGAGGAUUAACCAAGGUUUUUGGAAUGCGACAAUUGUCCAGGCGGCUCCCACGCCGUGACGAAAAUUCUCGCCAUAGCGGUGCUUCCAAUGCGGCCAUGCUCAAUGCUAUGGAUCCCGAGCAGAAGCAACUUCAAGAGGGGAAGACGCGCUCUCGUAGUGUGUCGGCCGCUUCUGGGGCAUUGUUAGAUAGUGGUCGGAGUGCGCAUCGACUGAGCUCUAACAUCGAUGCACGAGCAAUGGGUUCAACCACACCAGAUCGAAUGAGCAGAGCCUCAAGACGCCUCACAAACCGCUUGAGUGGUGCUGCCUCCCUUGGCGGAAUUGUUGGACUUCAUCACAAAUCUGAGACAAAAGACCCGUACUACAGACCCCCACGUCGCAACACCGUCGAUCGUCUGGCCGCAAACAACGGCCUCCCAAUUACUUCUCUAGAGGGUGAAGGUUCUAGGAGUGGGAAACCAGAUGACCGAGCGCUAGAUGAAGAAGCGGGAGAAGGUGCUUCAACUCCCUUACGACAGGACGAUGAAGCCUUUGAGGAUGCCAACGUUGACUCGCUUCGGGCCAAGACCGACUAUGCAGUGCGAGAAGUGGAUUUCUAUUACGGUGUGCGCGGUGCGGCACUAUCCAGUGGCACGAGGAAACUAAAAACUGGCCCAGCCGAUCCGACAGGUCCGGUCUCUACAGCAAGAGGCUGGUUCAAGGGACUACUAGGUGGCAAAACUAAGGAGAAAACAAAAGGCUUCGAGGUUGUCCGAAGUGCUCGUGCUCCUCCGCCAGGUCUUUUUCCUCCAACACCUGAGCCUGAAGCUGACUCCGUUGAACCAUAUCAUGACGAGCAACCCAACAUCGGCGAAAAUCGAUCCGAUCCAGCAGGGUCGAGGAUAGCAUCUCCGACUCUGCAGCGGCAUGGCGUCUAUGAUAACAACUCAGUUGUCGAGUCCGACGACGACAUCGAGUCGAUUCCUCAUGUACCGGCACAGCCGCCCUCCUUGCCUCUAGUAGAGUCUGUUGGCGGUAUCGAGCUACCAAGUCGGGUCGGUUCGGAAGCGUCGAAGAAAUCUCGAAAAAAGCCUCUCCCUACAGAAGUCCCGGACGUUCCACCUGUCCCUGCUAUUCCGAGGAAGAGUUCACGAAGGCAAUCCGGGUCAGACAGUGGGUCGAGGACCAGGAUUACACAACAAGCUAUCCCCCCCACGAAGUUUCCUGAUCACAAAGGCUACGGUUACAAUAUGAGCGCGAGUCGCAUACCUUUCUCCAGUGCUCAGUCGCCAGCGGGUCGGAGCAAGCGAUGGUCGACUGGAGCCGAGUCAACUUCAUCAAGCCUGGCGCGUGAUGGCGGGGAGAAUGUGCCUGUUCAGCAGUCUUAUAUUAGCCAGCUACGCAAUUCUGGCUCGGCACUAGGAGCUGCCCACGGUGCGGAUAUCGAAAAUGAUCGGCCAUCAACCAUGGGAUUCGUCCAGCAACACCGCGCAAGUGAUCAUAUUCACUACAACCCAGAAUUCGAAGGCAGCACGGCAGAAGUGCACGGGGGGCCUUCCUACUAG